UUUCGGUUCCCAAAUUCUCAGCGUGGAAAAAGUGGCAGUUGAAAUUUGAUAAGCAGCAGCGCUAGAAUGUUUCAUUUGAGUGCGUUUUUCUUCACACUUUGUCUAGUCAUAGGCAACAUCAAUGCCGAAGAAGAAGAGAUUGAUCCUCAAAAAUUGCUUGAAUUGGAAAAAGUGUUUGUGGAACAGUUAGAAGCUUACAUGGCCAAGGCGGAUAAGAUAAGAGCCAAUAUUAAUAGAUUUCUAGCUUACGUGGAUGUGGUGCACGAUGAUCUCGAUGAUCCGGAGGCGUAUUUCGGCAAUCCAAUUAAUUCCUUUACCACAAUUAGCCGCCUUGUUAACAACUGGAAACGGGAGGUGAUUGAUGUUAUCUUAACUGAAUCAGCUGUCGACGAACAUCAUAAGCAGGUCGCUCAGGAGGUGGUACAAAUGGAGAUUGAACAUCCCACAGAGAACGAUUUGCAGGCAAUGACAAACGACAUUUUGCAAUACCAAGGGCAAAAUGAUCUGCCAACAGCAGAACUGGCCAACGAUGUGCUCUACUCCAAUAAGGAGGACAAUCAGAGUAUCACAUUGACUGCAAGUGAUUGUUAUGCGAUCGGUCGCAGUUGUCAUAAGCUAGAAUUAUCUGAUUUUGCCGUCGAAUGGCUGAUGGAGGCGCGUUCUCUUCUCGCCCGCGAACCAGUUACAUUUGCCAGCAUCAAGGAUGUUCAAAUACUCCAAUAUUUGGCACCUACCCUGCAGGACCUUGGCAACUUGAAGUUAUCCAAUAUACUGAACAACGAGAUACUUAAGGCUGAUCCGAAGCAUGAAGAAGCGCUGAAGGCGAAAGUUGACAUAGAGAAUAAGUUAUUACUAGGACGCCUCACUGCACCUAUCGUAGAGAUGAAAAAAUAA